AUGAACGCUUUUCCUAAAGGCUUUCCAUACAAAAAACCAAAGCCUCUGCUUUAUGGUCUAAGAAUUAAUUGGGUGUAUCAGCCAGAACAAUCCUUACACGAAACGUUGAGAAGGGAGCUUAGAAUGCAUUACAAAUAUUAUCUUGAUGGAGUUGUUGAUAAAACAUUUAUACUAAUUUAUCUCUUCCUUUCUGGUGCUGGCACUGGAAAGUCACGAAAUGCUGAAGAAUUCUAUAAUACGACAGCUGAGGCACUUCAAUUUUCUCCAAGCUCCCCUGAAGGAUUGGUUCAUCCAGGGUUGAUUAGUUACCAGCAAAUAGAUGAAACUCAAUCGGGAUGCCUGGUUGCUCCUUACAUCUUGAUUUGGAUAUUAAUGCAAUCUUCAGAUGGAAAACGUGCGAGAAAUAAAGGAUCAUCUCCAUUGACUUCAGAACGCGAAUCGUCACCACCGAUCCCACAAAAAAUUUCGUUUUCAUCUUCGGAACAAGGAGGCUCAUAUGUAGAGCCAAUUCUGCAUUACGUUGAAAGAGCAUUGUUCACGUCCAAUUUUGGCAACACUUUGAACAUUUCCUCUUUCCGAACAUUAAAAUCUAUAAUGCUAGAUGAUAAUGAGGCAACUACAAUUGCGAAAAUUCACACUGGAGAAAAUUUGAAUGGUGGAUUUCCGAUUCAUAAAUCAUCAUCUAGAAUUGAAAAUUGCAAUUCACCAGGAGGAUACCAAUUCAGCACAUUAUACCGGUAG